AUAGACACAGUGAGUAAAGAAGAAACACGUGCAGGUAAUUUGAUCAGAUGGCACAGUGUGUUGAAAGAUAACAUGAUAAUUUCAUCUGACUGUCCGGGAUUAUCCCAUAGUAGGGUAAUGGACAGUACAAAAAAGAGGUACAUACUGCACUAAGUGCAGCACAGGGUAUCCAAAGCCACCUCUUGCAUACCAUGUGACCAGUUGCAUUAACACCCAAUUAAGUGGUUGUGUGUGGUGUAAUUUUAAGAUGAUAAAAAAUUUCUGUCUGUCAGCAAUUCACAUUAGAAAGCUGAAAAUUUUGGAGAAUUGGAGCCAUGUUUCACUUUUACAAAAAUAUUUUUGUUCUUCCUUCCUUCCACACCUUAAAGAUGUUUGACCCUGUACUGGGUGAUGAAGUGAGUCUAAAGCUUAUCAAUAUGUUGUGUCUACAGCAUGUUCUUGAAUGCUUCUGUUAAUCUUCUUGUGGAGGUCUGUUUGUCGACAUUGAGCUGCUGAGGGGGGAAAAAAAAGCUCCUGGUCUGUUCCGAUUGAGAGCAAAGUCUCUUCUGUUGAACUCCACUAUAUAAAGGCAGAACUUUGUCUUGGUUGUGAGACACAGCAGCAGCAGCAGUUUUCACUGUACCACAGCGAGAUGUUGAACAUCACUGAGUUUCCCCUGCAGCUCCUGCCCUCCAGGGCCUCGGACCGUCUGCUGCAGCCUCUCUGGGAUUAUUUGCUUUUUCACCACCGGCCUCUCAUAUCAUCACCUUUUUUCCCAGUCCUACUUGCUUUUUCCAGCUAUUUCCUCUUGAGUAUACCUUUUGCCGUGCUGGAUCUCUUGGGAGAAAAAGUGCCUUUCUUUUAUCAGUACAAGAUCCAACCAGACAAGCAGCCAACACUGAGAAUGAUGGCUAAGAGCUUCUUUACAGCGCUGUACAACCACAUCUUCUUUGUUCUCCCAGCUGUAAUAAUUGGCAUGUUCAUAUUUCCUGCACCAGCACUGCCACCAGAGGCUCCCACUCUCUAUGAGGUAUUUGUGGAUGGACUGGGAACACUUCUCCUCUUUGACACUCAGUAUUUCAUCUGGCACUUCAUACAUCACAAGAAUCCACAGCUUUACAGGUGGAUCCACGCAAUCCACCACGAAUACCUGGCGCCUUUCUCGUGGUCGACCGAGCAGCUCAGCAUCCCAGAGCUGAUGACUGUGGGACUCUGGAGCAACCAGGACCCUAUUCUUUUGAAGUGUCACCCGCUGACCACUUGGAGCAUGACGGUUUUCAGCAUCUGGAUGUCGGUGGAGGACCACAUAGGCUACGACCUGCCGUGGACCCUAAACCACCUGGUGCCCUUCGGUCUGCUGGGCGGCGCGCCGGCUCACGACAUGCACCACCAGAAGCCGAGCAGUAACUACGCUCCUUUCUUCAGUCACUGGGACAUAAUCUUUGGCACCGCUGCCCCUCUGAAGAAAAAAACUAAGAGAAGAUGAUCAUAAUUGAAAGCAAUUCUGUAAAUACUGUAUGUUUAGUGCAUUUUUUUUGUCUUUGUAAAUUAUUGUCUAGCACAUUUUCACUUUCUUUCCAUUUGUGAAAUCAAUUUCCAUUAUCAUUCAUUAUUAUUAUCUUAAAUUACAGUUGUCUCCUCAAUUUUGUAGCACUUGCUGCCUCCUUGCUGCUCCUCCUGGUUUUCUUUAUGAGGGAGCUUUCUCAGUGAACUAACUUUGUAAAAUACAAUAUAAACAUUAUUGAAAACUG